UGAGAAUCCAACAAGAGUGACCACUAGUUAUAAGCACGGCUGAAGAACCUGCCCAACCGGCAGCCAACCGGGAAGUCAGGCUGCGCACCUUUCUCCUACCUAUGCCUUAAGCAAAUGCCCGUCACCUCAGCUCAGCCUCAUCCAAGAUUCGAGCACAUGCCCAUCGACUAUCCCCGCUCCCAGGUCGGCAUACAAUUGUCCCAGACUCGUCGUCUGCGAGGGCCAGCCAUGAGCUCUCCGGCAAGCAGUGCUGCUCCUAGCUGUCUGCAACACGCCGCUCCCCCCUCCCUUGACUAGGCUGGAGCCAUGGACUACAACUACAAUCCCCCAUCGUCGACCUUGUGGCUUGGACAACCGCCGUCCCCCGAGAAGUCGAGCCAAAUCCUCAUCCGCGAAUAUCCCCACCGAGCGAUUGCAAUUGCGUCAAAUUCGCAUGCUCUGAUAUUGCGGCACAGUAGCGCGGCAGGCGAGCCCAUCGCCAACGGCUCAUUCGCUCCUACCUCAUCAGCGCGUACACGCCCGGCCGCCUCCGACAAUGCGACGCCCAAGUGCAUGGUUGAGUUCUCCUCGAUAUCCAAUGACUUGCUUGCGGACUACCGCCCGCUCACGCCGCGGCCGAUCUACGGGACCUUGGGCCUUAUAUCUAUCGGCCGUGAUGUUUUCUUGUGUGUGAUCACUCAGGCUUCACGAGUUGCGACACUCCGACCGGGAGAGACCGUGGAGAAAAUAGAGGCGGUGCAAUUCUUCUGUCUGAACUCGGCCGAGUAUGACGACAUCGUUGUUGAUCCCUACGAUCUCGAAACGGAUGCGGCGUCAGUCUAUGGCCAGGGCAUUGGGAGGAGAGAUGUUCCAGUGGAACAUCCUUGCCAAGAGUUGCAGAAGUUGCUCGGGAAUGGGACAUUCUACUAUAGUACCGACUUCGAUGUUACGAACCGCAUGCAGGACAGGCCUGCUGAUGCUGCAGAGUUUGAUAUAGAUAAUUUUGACGAUUCUUUCCUCUGGAACUCCUACAUGAUCCGCCCACUCGUCCAGUUCCGGUCUCGCCUGCAACAGCAGGAGCGGGGUGCGCUGGACGCCUCGAGGAUAUUGACUUCUGCAAUUCGCGGGUUCUGCGGGAGCUUGGCGAUACCGCGCACAUCAGCACCUUUGAGCUCUGCCAAAACAGGACUCCCCUCGUACUUGGCGGUCAUUUCCCGCUUGUCAUGCAGAAGAGCUGGCACGAGAUUUAACUCGCGGGGCAUUGACGACGAUGGCAACGUGGCGAAUUUUGUCGAGACCGAGACGACAUACUGGAGCCCAUCAGGGGUGGUUUUCUCUUAUGCCCAAGUCCGAGGCUCUGUGCCUGUCUUCUGGGAACAGACUGCUGGCCUGCUACCCAAUCAGCAAAAAAUCACAAUAACGCGGUCUGCUGAGGGGACGCAGCCAGCAUUCGAUAAACACUUCUCUGAAUUGGAACAAGCAUACGGCGCAGUGCACGUCAUCAACUUGCUCAGCGCUACAAAACCUGGGGAAUAUGAGCUUACCAAUCUCUAUCGAAUAGGGAUUCAGCAUUGCCCUUUGAGUCGCUCAGGGGGAAAGCAUUCUCGAGAUCAUGCGUUGCUGAGGGACACGGAAUAUGAUUUCCACGCGGAGACGAAGGGGCCCCAAGGCUAUGUGGCAGCUAACGAGAUUCGUCGGUACAUCGAAAGCUCGGCCGACGGAUUUGCAUACUACCUUGCCCAAGAGUCAGAUGACGCAGGCACAUCGAAUGACAGUUCGGAUGCUCAUGCGCAGCGGCGCUAUGUUGUGGUGUUACAGCAAGAGGGUGUCUUCCGGACAAACUGCCUCGACUGCCUGGAUAGGACGAACCUAAUUCAGACAAUCAUCUCACAGAUGGCCGUUGAAGCCUUCCUCGGCCACAGAGGAGAGAGGGCAGCCUCUGACUUCUGGUCGAGGCAUGCGAACCUAUGGGCUGACAAUGGCGAUUCUCUGUCUAAAAUCUAUGCCGGUACCGGCGCCUUGAAGACGUCCUUCACACGCACCGGCAAGAUGUCCCUUGCUGGAGCCAUUGCCGACGUGCGCAAGUCGGCUACUAGGCUAUACUAUAACAAUUUCGCAGACAAGGCGCGGCAGAUCACCAUUGAUACCCUCCUUGGAAGGCUAGUUGGUCAAAUGCCGGUGGUUCUCUUUGACCCUAUCAGCGAUUAUGUUGCUAGCGAGCUGCAGCGGCGGAGCAACGAGUUCUCCGCAAACGAAAAGAUUCAUAUCUUUGUCGGGACGUUUAAUCUCAAUGGAAGGACCAACGGCAUUGACGAAGAUUUGUCAGCCUGGCUCUGCCCCCCUGAGUUGGGGUCACUGCAGCCGGAGAUCAUUGCCAUCGGAUUCCAGGAAAUUGUAGAGCUUAACCCGCAACAGAUCAUGAACAGCGACCCCACAAGGAAACAGAUGUGGGAACGUGCAAUCAAGAAGACUUUAGACAGGCACUACAGCAGAGCAGGGGAUGACAGGUAUGUUUUGUUGCGAAGCGGUCAGCUCGUUGGCGCUGCGCUGUGCAUCUUUGUCAAGGCAUCCGUUCUGCACAACAUCAAGAAUGUCGAAGGCAGUGUAAAGAAGACUGGGCUGUCGGGCAUGGCCGGCAACAAAGGGGCCGUUGCGAUAAGGCUUGAUUACGCCAACACCCCUAUUUGCUUCGUUACCGCACACCUAGCUGCAGGAUUCGCCAACUACGAUGAGAGGAACAGAGACUAUGCCACUAUUGACCAGGGGCUCUGGUUUCAGAGGAAUAGAAGAAUAGUCGACCAUGACUCGGUCAUCUGGUUUGGCGACUUCAACUACCGGAUUGGGCUGGGCCUGGAGACGGCCAAAGAGCUUGUGAAGCGACGCGAUCUCGAGCGGCUGUUUGAGAACGAUCAGCUAAAUUUACAGAUGGUGGCCGGUUUAGCAUUCAGGUUCUAUUCUGAGGCACGAGUCACGUUCAUGCCAACAUACAAGUUUGACAUUGGCACCGACGAAUAUGACAGCUCUGAGAAGGCACGGAUACCAGCCUGGACAGACCGCAUCCUUCGAAAAGGUGCAAACCUCCGCCAACUAGCCUACAACUCGGCGCCACUAAGGUUCUCGGAUCAUAGACCAGUUUACGGUAUCUUCGAGUGCACUGUCAGUAUCGUGAACGAGAAGCUUCGAGACAAGAUUAGCCGGGAGAUCUAUGAGCGGCGCAAAUCCGAGGUUGGCACGGAUACGGCCAAUCUAGCGACGGAUGAGUCGGAAGAUGAGGACCUGAUAGGCUACGACGCGAUCGAGCCGGGGCUUCCACCAGCCAGCUCUGAUCGCCAGAAAUGGUGGCUAGAGAAUGGCAAGAUGGCUCGAUCCUCCAUCAGCCCUCCCAAACCGGAUAAUCCAGCGUCCCAAACCAUUCUGAACCCGAAGCGGCCCGCCAACCCCCACGCGCCGACUGACGAGCCAGACUGGGUAAAUGUUCCGAGAUCCGAAUCUCGCCUUUCAUCGUUUUCCAGCAUGUCCACGUCACCUUAUGAGCACGUCAACCAUUCCAUGCUGCUUUCGUCUUCAGCGUCGAGCACGGCGCCUAGAAAGCUCCCACCUCCCUAUGAUCCAUCAGCCCUCCCUGCUAAGGUGGGCAGGCUGCAUAUCAGCGAAGACCAGAGAGGCUUACAGUCUGAGGGAGCACCACCUCCUCCUCCCCCGCGGAGACAGACUAGCAUGGGCCCAGGCCGGGCGGCUGAUGCCGUCCCGCCCCCGACCUCGGUCCAACAGAAGCGGAAGCCGGUGGACAAGAUGUCACCCGUCCCUCCACUUGGUCCGAAACCUGUUGGGCCUCAACCACAGCCGGAAAAGCACAAGGCCCCGCCGCCUGUAGCAAAAAAGCCGGCUCAUCUAACAUCUCCAACCUCGCCAGCGAACAGCAGCUCGGCGAGUCUCGUAUCAGAGGCGACAGUCGUACAGAGCUUGGAAGCACCCCCGCCAAGCUUACCACGGCGCUCGACAUCUAAUGGCUAUGGGUUGUCAUCUAAACUCGGGAGCAGUCGUUCUUCGUUGGCCACGGAUACCGGGAGCGUAAAGGACGAACCAAUGCCCCCGCUACAGCCUCCACGACGAACAAACACCAGCACGGGCGGGAUCUCGCAAAGCCGGAUGAUGGCCGCUGGGGGUUUACCUCUCGUGGGGCUAGGGUCGCAAGAACAAAAACCACAGCCGCCUUCUCGAAAACCUGUCGCGGCAGCUGCGUCUAUGGCAAAGAAGCAGGCGCCGCCUCCUCCCGGCCUGCGCAGGACGCCAGCAGUUGAUCUCCUUGCGGAUGAUGGAGCGACUGAAUUGGGCGGAUGGGAGGCUUUGCGGCCUUCAUGAAGGGCGGGUGCUCAAAUUGAUUUAUCUCUUUAUCGGCGUUUGGAGGACAGAGAAGAUCUUUCAACGGGCUACAACAGUAUAGAUAGGGUUGGCAAAAUCUAGAACCGGGACUUACUGUGGUAGGAAGGAGGGUGCUGAGGUGUCGGGAAAAGUCAUGAAUUGCUAGACAAUGGAUUAUCGGGCUCCUAAAUAGGCCGGCAGCGGGCUGAACAUUGGCUACUGUACCAUGGAGACGGUAGAUAGCGGUAGAUGAGCGGGUGAAAUCGAGAAGUCUUGGACUACACCAGCGGUAUUAUAGUGUACCUAGUACUCCAUACUGGUGCCUUGCAUGUGGUUGUGCGGUCACCCAGCUGGUGCAUUUGCAUAAGCCAUCAGGGCACAGCUCGGC